AUUUAUAUAUCUAUGCUUGAAAACAAUAUGGAGUAAUAGUUAGCGGUGUAGUUUUUGUUGAAAUCUAAUUUAUCGAAUUAACUUCAUUAAAAUAAAUCAGGGCUCUUGUAAAUUCACAAAAACUCAAAUUGUUAUUGUUUUAUAAAUUUUUUAAACUUCAAGAUGGCCAAGCCAGGUUCUGAUAUCGAAAAGGAAGAGAAGGAUAAAAAAAAGGAAAGAAGUCGUGAUCGUAAAAGACGUAGUGCAUCCAGUUCUAGUGAUAGCAGUAAAAGCUCGUCUGAUAGUAGCAGUUCAAGCUCUAAAAGUUCAAGCAGCUCUAGUUCAGGAAGUAGCUCUAGAUCUAGUAGCUCAUCAUCUGACUCUUCAAGUUCUAGUAGUGGUAAUGACAGAAGGAAUACCAAGAGAAGAUCAAGAAGUGCAAGACCGGCUAAACCUAGAGAUAAAGUUAAAAAGGAAAAGGUUCCAGAAAAGGAACAGGAUAAAGAACAUGAAAAAGACAAGUCUAAGGAAAGAGAAAAAGAUAAGGAAAACAAAAGUAAAGAAGUUAAUAACAGGAAGUCGCCGAUAAGAGAUGAUAAACCUGUUCGACAAAGGUCAAGGUCUCGCUCUAGAUCUGAUAGGAGGAAAAAAAGGAGGCGUUCCCCUACUCCAAGACCAACCAAAAUUCACAUUGGCCGUUUGACACGUACUAUCAACAGAGAUCAUAUUAUGGAGAUUUUCAGCACUUAUGGUACCAUAAAAUCUAUUGAGUUCCCAAAAGACCAUGUUCACCCACAUUUAGGUCGAGGGUUUUGCUAUGUAGAGUUCACCAACCCAGAUGAGGCAGAAGAAGCUAUGAAGCAUAUGGAUGGAGGACAGGUAGAUGGACAAGAAAUAACUGCAGCACCUGUUCUUUUACCAAAACCUAGGCCUCCUCCACCUAGGAGGAGUCCUCCUCAUAUGCCAAUGCGAAGGCCUCCCAUGCAUCGCAGAACUCCUCCUCGAUUUAGGAGACGCAGUCCAUUAAGACCUCCUAGGAGAAGCCCACCAAGAAGACGACCUCACUCAAGAAGUCCCGUUAGAAGGAGGAAACAUAGUAGGUCCAGUUCUAGCAGUUCAAGAUAAGUUUGAGUUUUAUAAUUUGUAAUUGGUAUAGAAUCCUUUUCAUAGAGAAUUCUUCAGUACUUUGAAGCAAUGAGGAGGAUUACUUUU